UAUUACCGUUGUGCUGGCCAAUUAGGUCGGCGGUGACUCGCGUUCUGCCUUACAUGCUGAAUUACGACCUAGCAGCCCCAGCUGAGAGCAAAGGGAGGAAAUCCGGCAAAUGGGCUUUAGAAAUCACGUAAAAAUGAUGUGCUGGAGUCGAGCUCUUCUCAGCAGCUGCGCUCUCCUGCUGAUCAUGCUGCAGUCGUGUUUAGAUGCAGUUCCGAUCAGCAUCGACAAGACGAAAGUCAAAGAGCCAGAGCAACAACCAGAAGAACCGCCAGCGAAUGUGGAUACUGGACUCCACUAUGAUCGCUACCUCAGAGAGGUUAUUGAUUUUCUUGAGAAAGAUCAGCAUUUUCGAGAAAAGCUCCACAAUACAGACAUGGAAGACAUCAAGCAGGGUAAGCUGGCUAAAGAACUUGAUUUUGUCAGCCACCAUGUGAGAACAAAACUAGACGAGUUGAAAAGGCAAGAGGUCAACCGCCUGCGCACCCUGAUUAAAGCCAAGCAAGACAUAGAGGGCGGGAACGACAUAGCAGUGGACCACCAGGCUCUUCUGAAGCAGUUUGAAUAUCUAAACCACAUGAAUCCACAUACGUUUGAGGUGGAAGACCUGGAUCGGCUAAUUAAAUCGGCCACAAAGGAUCUGGAGAACUAUGACAAGGAAAGACACGAGGAGUUUAAGAGAUAUGAGAUGAUGAAAGAGCAUGACAGACGGGAACAUCUGAAAACUCUCAAUGACGAAGAGCGGAAGAAAGAGGAGGAACACUAUGAGGAGAUGAGGAAGAAACAUGCUGAUCACCCCAAAGUGAACCAUCCUGGUAGUGAGAAUCAACUUAAGGAAGUGUGGGAGGAGGCAGAUGGUUUGGACCCAGAAGAUUUUGAUCCAAAAACCUUCUUCAAUCUUCAUGAUACAAAUGGAGAUGGUUUCUUUGAUGAACAGGAGCUGGAAGCGUUGUUCACCAAAGAGCUGGAGAAGAUUUAUGAUCCCACCAAUGAAGAGGAUGACAUGGUGGAAAUGGAGGAAGAGCGGCUACGAAUGAGAGAGCAUGUUAUGAAUGAGGUCGAUACUAAUAAAGACAGGUUGGUUUCUAUGGAUGAGUUCCUUGUUGCUACAAAGAAAAAGGAAUUCCUGGAGCCAGAUAGCUGGGAGACUCUGGAGCAAAAUCAGGCUUACACAGAUGCAGAGAUGAGGGAAUUUGAAGAGCAUCUCGCUCAGCAAGAGCAGGACCUCAAUCAGAGGGCUGUUGACCUUCAGAAGCAGAGAACUGAGCUGGAGAGACAGCAGGAACAGCUCAAUGCACAAAAAAUAGAACUUCAGCAGGCUGUUGAGCAUAUGGAACGUCUCAAGUCGCAGAAGGUAGACGGUCUGCCGGAGGUGCACGUUGAAGGAAAUGAUAUCUCACACGUGCAAGCCGCUGACAACCAGUUGCAUGUUGAACAAGAGGCUCAGCUUCCAGGACAUCAAGACCAGCUGCCUCCAGCUUCACCCCAAGAACACCUCGUACAACAUGAGGAACAUCAACAGAACAUCCCCCAGCAGACUCAUCAGGAAAUACCAGCAGUUCAACCAGAAGUCGGACAAGAACAUCCUCACCAGCCUUAAAACUACUGCGAAAAACUCACCAAAACCUUAGUGGCACCUUAACUGGUAAAAGUGAAACACUCCCACUGAGCAUGGGCCUCUUAAGCAGUGAAGACUACCCAGCAUGCUCCAUGUUAGAGAGUUCAAUACACUUGACAUGAAAAAGUGAGGCACAUAAGGAAGCUUUUCUCCUCAUUACCGCUAAUCCUUGGAUUACAAAAGGGCCUUACAAUUUAAGGUUAAAAGAUUUUAAGCAUGUAUCCUAAAACCAGAAUAGAAAGUUUGAAAGAAAUGUCAGCAAAGUUUAACCAUUAAUGAGUGUCAAUAAAACUGGCUGUAAGACAAAAACAAGAAUAGCGUUUUAAUCUGAAAGACUGUUGAGCUGUAAAAGCUAAAAAACAAAAAGUCAAUUUUUAUACUAGCCUUACUUUUAUUGUCUGAUAUAAGUUUUUUCCUAAAAGUCUUUUGAAAAAGUAAAUACGAACAUUAUGGUGGAAAAUGUUUUAUGAUGCAGUAAUACACUCAAGACAUUAUGAGGUACAUUUUGAACAUUUUCUAUUGUAAUAAAGGUUUAAAAGAGCAAACUGUGCACUAUGGGGAUAUUUAGCAUUUUCAAAUUUUAUGUAGGUUUUGAAUGAAACCUAUUUGAUUAAGGCUGAUUGUUUUUUUUUUCUGCACACUUGGUCAAAUGUUUACUCACAAUGGUUUAUGUGGAGUCCGAAUUCUUUUUUCCAACCACUUUCAAACAGUAUAGAAGCAUUUUAAAAAUACCUCCUUAGUUGUAAAGUGCAUGGCAGCAUUUUUCUUUGAGUGAUCGAGUAUAAAAAGUGAAUCAAAGCUUUGUAGAAACAGGUCUCAGUAACUGCCAAUUCCACCAAAUUUAAUGUGUAAACUGUGCUGGAAAUAAAUGAAAGCAAACACUUUGUCACUUGAGUUAUGGAUGGAUGUCAGAAAGAAUGCAUUUGAAAUUUAGGCAUUUGUACACAAAUGUAUAUGUACCAUAUUUAUUUAUGGUUUGAUAAAUGUCUCCAAUCUUCAAUUUGUUCAAUGUAUGUAAAAUUUUAAGGUGUUCAGAUAGUUAGCUGGUGUGUCCUUUGGUAUAAACUGUUUUUGUUGAUGCAUCCAGACCAGAUCCAUGUUUUGCGGUUGUAUGUUGUUCUCAAGAGUCUGGAGGAACAAAAAGCUGUUUUCCCUCCAGAUCGCUGGCUGCUUGUUAUGCUGUCCAAGUUGCAUGCUUGUUCUUGUUGCAAUCAUGAGAAACGGGUGUUUGUGGCUCAUUUCCCAGUUACUACAAGAUCUCUUAAUUUGUGGAGACAUUUUUUUAAAUAGAACCAAUGGUACUACGGUCUGUAUUGCUUUUUACAAAACACUUUUUUUUCUCUUUGCCGUCAUGUUUUUUGUUUACGAGCCGUUUCUGAACAGCACAGCCUUUUCAUUUGUACAGAAAUUACAGCUCAAUUUUUGUUAACUGCUGGCUAAGUCAUUUCACAACUUUACACUCAAGUUCAAGACAAUAAAAAUCUUUUACCUUU